AUGCCGAUUAACAAGCUUGGGCUUAGCAAAAGCGAUGACGACACCGGGGCAGUUCAAAAAAGCUGGCUCAACGACGUGCUCAGCCUGGGGCAGCACCGGACGUGGAAGCGCAUCUGCGUCUCUUGGUCCAAGGCGAAGAGAGGGGAUCGGGUUCUUGAUCUCUACUACGGGAGCGGGGAUUUGGCAUUCCUUCUGUCUCAGAAGGUCGGCCUGGCCGGAGAGGUGAUGGGCGUCGAUUUCUCAGGGCAGCAACUACAAAUUGCUGCUAGCCGUCAGGACCAGCGAUGGAAGGCUUGCUACAAGAACAUCAAAUGGAUCGAGGGUGAUGCACUUGAUUUACCUUUCACGGACCGCUACUUUGAUGUUGUUACAGUUGGUUAUGGAUUGCGCAAUGUGGUGGACAAACCCAAAGCGAUGCGAGAGAUUCUGAGCUCCUAA